AAACGUCACUAUUUUUUCUUUUUGUUGCUUCAUCAAAAUUGUGGUCUAAAAGUGUAUAAGUGGUUAUUUAAAUGUUAUUAAUGUUAUUUUAACAUAUUAAAGGAAAUCAUUUCAUUAUUAAACACCUAAAAUUUACUUUUUGAAAUGGAAAUACCUUCUUUAAGAUCGAGCGUAUCAUCCGACCAACAUGAAUUAAAACGAAAGUCGUUACUUGGCUCUGGUUCGAAUAAAAGAGUUUCUAUCGACGAAAAGAGCACGAUUGUACAUCUAGUAUAUGACAAAUCACUUCAAGAUGUGGUAGAUCCAAGAGCAUUAUGUACUGCAGAUCUAACUGUAGAAGCAGAUUCAAAAGAUGAUAUACAUAGUCAAUUCACUCUAAACAACACAAACGAUUAUAAAACUGUAUAUGUGAAGUCUUUACCAGAAAUUCAAAGUAUAGAAACAGAUUCUAAACUUGAAAGUUUAAUAGAAACAGAAACAGAAAGUUUACGAAGUGAUCAAAUUGAAGUACAUAUUGUUUUAAAAGAAAUUUUGCAAGGUAUUCUGUCGACUGUCUCAGGGAGAAUGGUUGAAACUCCUAAGCCCCCUCCACGAUCGAAAUCAAUCCUAAUGCCUUGCUUUGAAUUUACGUGUGAAUUUAAAAGAAAAGAAAGGCAGGCCAUUUGUAGUCCUUACAAAGAUCUGGAAAUACUUACGGAAGAGUUCGUAGAUUGCAUUAUCAGCGAGGCCACAGCUGAAGUAGAAAAACAUUUGACCGCAUACACAAGUCAGAAAGUUAAAAAGCACAUGAGAUUAGAAAUUGAUGAUGAAAUUCAUCCUUCUAUAAUGAAGCCCGUUUUCUCUUGGCCUACCAUUAAACAAUUCAACAUAGCCCUAGGUCUUCAAAAAAUAACUGAAUUCAUCAUGGCUUGCGAUGCUAAAGAGCGAUGGUUGUUUGGAGUAUACUAUUUGAGAACUACCAGAGAAGCAAUAUCAGCUUUUUACGAAUAUGAGGUUAUUUGUGGUUUACCAUCGUCAAUAUAUCCAAUAGCACAAGCAACGGCAAGUAUUUAUUUUGUGAUAGAAGUAUCAAACGUUAUACCAUCGACUUGUUCAGUAACGGUAUUUUUUCAAUUCGAAGCGAACAAAAGUGUGUAUAAUGCUGAGACAACCGGACUCAAUGAGACUGCUUUGAUUCAUAUUCUUAAAUCUAAAAUUAAAAUUUAUAGUUCUUUCGAAUACUAAAGUAUACCACUCGAAAAAUUGUGAUGAUAAGUCGAAAAUAAAAAUAUUU